UGCGAGCAGAGUUACAUUUAACCAUGAAGAACUAUGAGCAGGCUGUACAGGAUGCCAGUGUGGUUUGUCAGAGUGAACCUCUCUUGACUAAGGGGCAUCAUGUGAAAGCGCAGGCUCUGUCUGGAUUGGGAAGAAGUCAGGAAGUGUUGAGGGAGUUUCUCUACUGCCUUGCUUUAAAUCCUGAAUGCAACUCAGUGAAGAAAGAAGCACAGAAGGUAAUGUGUGAGGUGUUUUUUCCAGCUUCAGAAAAUGUGCAUCCAAAUUUAAUCUCUUCCAUCCAAAGCAGAACGUUGAGCACCAGAUUAAAGGCUCAGUGUCGCAGCCAUGUGAACACCCAGCCUCCCCUGGAAGAAGGUGAUAAUGCAGGGAGUUCUAAGAAUGCAUCUGAGAAAUCCGAUGUGUUUAGAAAUGCCAGUUCUUCAGUUUUAUGUUAUAUACUGGGUCUGCACUUUGAGGAGGAUAAAGAAGUGUUAGAAAGUAUCCUUCCAGUAGCACCCAGCACCGGUUUAAAGAGACAGUUUCCGGAUGAUUUGGAGAAUGUGCAAGGCGUGAACACCCCUGGAAAAAUUCCCAGAAAAGAUUCCUCACCUCAAAAGAACAUGAACCCUAAUAUAGGAGAAGGUCCAGAGCUCUCGAUAGAUGUAACUGACUUUGAGUGUGCCCUUUGCAUGAGGUUGCUCUUUGAGCCCGUCACUACACCAUGUGGACAUACCUUCUGCCUGAAAUGCCUUGAGCGCUGCCUCGACCACGCGCCACACUGUCCACUGUGCAAAGAGAAACUUUCGGAAUUGUUGGCAAGCAGAAAUUUUAAUAUAACUAUUCUAGCCGAAGAAUUAAUAUUUCGAUAUUUGUCGGAUGAACUGUCUGAUAGGAAGAGAAUAUAUGAUGAAGAAAUGACAGAACUAUCAAAUCUGACCAGAGACGUCCCCAUCUUUGUGUGCGCCAUGGCCUUCCCCACUGUCCCAUGUCCACUCCACGUCUUUGAGCCCCGCUAUCGGCUUAUGAUAAGGAGAUGCAUGGAAACUGGCACCAAACGCUUUGGCAUGUGUUUAUCUGCUGAGCACGCAGGGAUUUCAGAGUAUGGCUGCAUGCUGGAGAUUAAGGAGGUCAGAACCUUCCCUGAUGGGAGUUCCGUGGUGGAUGCCAUUGGCAUUAGUCGGUUCAGAGUUUUAAGCCACCGUCACAGAGAUGGCUAUAACACGGCAGACAUUGAAUAUCUUGAAGACGAAAAGGUAGAAGGUCCCGAGUAUGAAGAACUUACCACUCUUCAUGAUUCAGUUUAUCAACAGUCUGUUUCCUGGUUUACUUCACUUCGAGAUCACAUGAAAGAACAAAUUUUAAGUCAUUUUGGGUUAAUGCCAGACAGGGAACCUGAGCCUCAGAGUAAUCCUAGUGGUCCUGCUUGGUCCUGGUGGAUCCUGGCGGUGUUGCCAUUGGAACGCAAGGCUCAGCUGGCUAUACUCGGCAUGACCUCGCUUAAAGAGCGUCUGCUCGCCAUUCGGAGAAUGUUAGUCAUCAUCACGCGUAAGAUGAAUAGUUGGCAAGAGCUGGUUAAUAGCAGAGAGAGAAAUAAUUGAUUUUCUCUCUCUGUCAAGGUUUCCGGAAGCCAUUGUACUUUCAUGAGGAAUGUGAGGAGGGGACGAGUAGC